AUGCCUCUGGAGGACCCGGAACACUGUUUCAAGUUGAAAUCGUAUGUAGUAUCCACAGCAGUACUGGGGGUGGCUCUGGAUGCAUCGAUCUGGUGUUCACCACACUAUGUCGUCUGGCAUUUGAGGCUGCGGCGAUCACACAAGUCGGCUGUCUCCCUGAUGUUCGCUUUGGGGUUACUCAACAUACUCAUUGGUGGCUUUCGCGUCAACUCACUCGCCGAUGUUGUAUAUCAAGGCGACGUAACAUAUGGUAUAGGCACCACUUUGAUGUGGGCAAUCGCCCAGAUAAGCACUGGGAUUAUUGUAGCAUGCUGCCCUCAUCUGCGUCCUCUGUUCGAGCGCAUCCUCCCGCGCCGGGUCACCCACCUCACCACGCGCACAUCCAAUCAUUCAGCAUUCAGAGCCUAUAGAGACUCACAAAGACCUCAAACGAUGAUUUUACCUUCGAGGGAUCAGAGUAGAGCCGGUUCCAUUACGGUCACGACGACCAUCGCUAUUGAGCUCAACGGAUAUCUGCCACCAGUACCAGCACCAGCAGUGAGUAUUCACAAUGAACAGGUCGACGCGGAGGCCCCAACGUUCAAUGUCGAACAAGGACCAGCCAAUCGUUUGAGGUUUCUGACAUACCGUUGUGGAGGAUCAGCGCGUUGUGGAGGCUGCCUCUGUUAA